CUUUUGGGCAAAAGGAGUAGUGAUGGUGCUUGGAUAUUUGAUGUAAAAGACUUAUCACAUAACCAUGAGCCAUCUACGGACAUCUCCGGACAUCCCUCGUUUCGUCAGUUACCAUCGGAAAGCAUAAAAAGUGUUAAAGAAAUGACCAAGGCAGGGAUUCCCCCGAGAUAAAUUCUUUCUUCUUUGUGUCAACAAACCCCAAAUAUACCAGUAAUCUCUAGAAACAUAUACAAUGUGAAGAGAAAAAUCCGAAGGGAAAAUUUAAGGAAUCGACCUAUGAUCAAUGCAUUAUUUGAGGAGCUUGACGAAGGUGGUUUUACUUAUGACAUUUCACAUAAUGCAGAGGGGCGGAUAUCUCGUUUGUUCAUUGCACACCCUUUGUCGAUUAAAUUGGCUAAAGCUUUCUCCAACAUAUUUUUGAUGGAUUGCACCUACAAAACCAAUAAAUAUAACAUGCCACUCCUUGAUAUUAUUGGUGUUUCGUGUUUUAAUACUGCCUUUUAUUCUGGGUUUGUUUUCUUGGAAAGAGAAGAUGAAGAAAACUAUUCUUGGGCAUUAUGAGCAUUUAAAGAGAUUAUUGGACAAGAUCCGUGUGUGAUUAUGUCAGAUAGGGAAUUGGUGUUAAUAAAUGCCAUAAAAAAAGUUUUUCCUACGACAUCACAUCUUUUAUGUGUUUGGCAUAUUGAAAAAAAUGUACUGGCAAAUUGCAAGAAAUAUUUUGGACGUGCCGAGGAGUUCUAUAUUUUUAUGUCUGAUUGGAAUAAUGUUGUAUAUUCGACAACGGAAGCUCUUUUUGAGGAAAACUGGUUUGAAUUUACAUCAAUUCAUAAAGAGAAGAAAGACGUAAUUGAGUACAUAAAAAAUGUAUGGUUGCCUUGGAAAGAAAAGUUUGUUAGUGCUUGGACGGAUAAGUACUUGCAUUUUGGCAAUCGAUCGUCAUCAAGAGUUGAAGGUGCACAUGCUAAACUUAAACAAUAUUUGCAAGUUUCCACGAGAGAUUUGAGGGAGGUGAAAGAGAAAAUUUGUCUUGUAGUUGAGCAUGAAUUUAAUGAGAUUAAAGUAAAGCUCUCAAGUGAGAAAAUUCAUGUUCAUCAUGAUGGCACUAUGCCAUUAUUUAGAGAACUUCAUUAUCACGUAUCUCACUUUGCCUUAAAGGAGAUAUAUGAGCAAUAUGGUUUUACGAAAGAUGGUAGUAUGACUCCUUGCACCGGUCACUAUAUGGCAACCAUGGGUCUUCCAUGUGCUCACAAGAUAAAAUAUUGGCAAGGAACUACUUUUCCAUUGGAUUUAAUCCAUCCGCAAUGGAGGAUUGACACACUGUCGCUAAAUUCACAAAAUGAUUUGCAUGAUGAAGACACUGGUAGACUUGAUGAGCUGCUUAAUGAAUUGCGCUCAACGUACCAAAGGUGGCCCUUAAACAAGAAAAAACAUGCACUUUCGCUGAUUACUGAACUUCUGAACCAAUCUAAUGCCUUUUUUGAACCGGUGGUUCAACGACCAAAAGGAAGACCUCCAAAAUCAAAAAAGAAAGGAGGAAUAACAUCAACGACACGGGAUCCUUCAAGAUUUGAGUUGGUAGAAUCUUCACAAAGACGUAAUGAAGCAAAUGGUGAAAACAACUUAUUUGAUUUAAACGUAUAUCCAUUAGAUACAUUUGAUUUAGACGGUCCUUUUUAAGUUCAUCAUAGUAUUUUUUUUAUUGACAUGGUUGCUUGAUUCAAAUGUUCUUUUUAAGCCUACCAUAGUAUAUUUUUUUAUGUGGAUACUUGUUUAGUUUAACGGUUGUUUAAUAAAUUUGAUUGGAC